AUUUAUUACACACCAAAGUAUAAAAACCACCCGGCUGGCUGCAGCUCUGUCUCUAGCUCUGGCAUUCGCCCGAGGAGACCACGGCGCCUGGAGCCCCAGCCAUCUUCUCCAGGACGCUCUGUGGCUCCGUUGAGCAUCAUGCUGGGGCAGCUCGUCUGUUGGCACCUGCUGGCUUUAUUUUUCCUCCCAUUUUGCCUGUGUCAAGAUGAAUACAUGGAGGUGAGCGGAAGAGCUAAUAAAGUGGUGGCGAGAAUAGUGCAAAGCCACCAGCAGACUGGCCAUAGCGGCUCCAGGAGGGAGAAAGUGAGAGAGCGGAGCCAUCCUAAAACUGGGACUGUGGAUAAUAACACUUCUACAGACCUAAAAUCCCUGAGACCAGAUGAGCUACCACACCCCGAGGUAGAUGACCUAGCCCAGAUCACCCCGUUCUGGGGCCAGUCUCCACCAACCGGAGGACUGCCCCCAGACUGCAGCAAGUGUUGUCAUGGAGAUUAUAGCUUCAGAGGUUACCAAGGGCCACCUGGACCUCCCGGCCCCCCUGGCAUUCCAGGAAACCAUGGGAACAAUGGCAAUAAUGGAGCCACUGGCCAUGAAGGGGCCAAAGGUGAAAAAGGAGACAAAGGUGACCUGGGACCACGAGGGGAGCGGGGGCAGCAUGGCCCCAAAGGAGAGAAGGGCUACCCGGGGAUUCCACCAGAACUGCAGAUUGCAUUCAUGGCUUCCCUGGCAACUCACUUCAGCAAUCAGAACAGCGGGAUUAUCUUCAGCAGCGUGGAGACCAACAUCGGCAACUUCUUUGAUGUCAUGACUGGUAGAUUUGGCGCCCCAGUAUCAGGGGUGUAUUUCUUUACCUUCAGCAUGAUGAAGCACGAGGAUGUCGAGGAAGUGUAUGUGUACCUCAUGCACAAUGGCAAUACAGUCUUCAGCAUGUACAGCUAUGAAACAAAAGGGAAAUCAGAUACAUCCAGCAACCAUGCAGUGCUGAAGCUGGCCAAAGGAGACGAAGUCUGGCUGAGAAUGGGCAAUGGCGCUCUUCAUGGGGACCAUCAGCGCUUCUCUACAUUUGCGGGCUUCCUGCUCUUUGAAACUAAGUAAAUAUCUGAAUAGAUCUGAUCCACUUUGGAAAGACUUGUAGCUGAGCUGGUAUUGUUAUGAUCUGAGGCUCAUUAGCGUUGAGGGUUCUACAUGCUGUAUUUUAAAAAAAUUUUAAUGGUUAUAUUGCUAAUCAUGCCACAGGUACAGUAAUAAUGUGCGAUGACUCAGGGGCUCAGAAGAAUAAACAAAUUUUUCCCAAGUGACCUUGACCAAUAUACUAAGCACCUUUAUCAUUCUCUCAGCACCUAAAAGAGAAUUCCUUUCUUGAUACAGGUUGGGAAUAAUUGUUCCCAUCAGAGAAGUCAUUUACCAAGAGUUUUGUGGCUCUAUUUUAAAUUUAAUAACAGCUUUCAGGAACCCUUGAGGUUUGGAGUUCAUCAUUAAAACUUUUCAGAGAAUAGGAUGUAGUGAUUAUGAUGGGACCAGGGCAAGAACAAGGACACUUGCCAGGACAAAGGUACCAGAAACAUUUGUAAAGCCUAGACUGGGAAGUAACACUUUGAUCCAAUGGGUCGAUAUUCAUGAAUAAAGUAUAGACAUUUUUUAGUAACUCCAGAUAGCUUUUAGAUAGCAAAAGCAUUCACGAUGUCCACAAAUAAUUGACUGCUUCUUCUUCUUUUUUUUUUUUAUAAGGAUACUGCUAUAAUUAAAUCUUAUCUUCAAAUAGCUUGUAUUUUUGGAAAUAGAAUAUCUCCGGAUCCAGAAUUGGAUUUACCAAACCUGGUUUAUCAGGUUGACUCUUUGUCAUUGCGUUUCUCAGGUUACAAUAGAUCUUUGUUCAUGCGGACCUGCAGAAUCAGCUGAAGUGAGUUUAGGUCCACAUUAUACAGAUGUAAUCACUUUCUUUUCUCUCAAUUUAGAAAUUACCCUAAUAAACUACACAUUGACAAGUCAUGUUGAAGGAGCUGUAGACUCAGUUAUAUACACUCGAACUAACGGAUACAAAAUAUAAGGGCCUUCCACUUAGGAGACAUACAAUAAAAUCUCUUAACCAUUUUUUUUAAUAAAAAUUAUAUGACUUCUUUGAUUACCAUAUUUAAUCAAUAUUCACACAAGAGCUGUGCCCCUUGACUUUUGCCUAUCCCUCCCGCAAAGGAUUAAAAGGAUUAAUCCAUUCUCAAAGGAUUAAAUUAGUCACCAAAAUGAUAUUCACGAGAAUGCACCAGAUACUAUCUGAAGAUAGUACCCAAAGAUAGUACUGGAAGCAUAGAAAAUUAAUUAGGGCUGCCCUAUGAGCUAACUAGUGUGUUUCGUGAUCAGUUCAGCCUUUGACCCUUUUCUUUAGAUCUGUAAAUAUUUUAAAACUCUUCCUGAAUCCAUAUGCAAUGCUAUUUAAAAGUGAAUGGAUAUUACCUAUAAUGUGCUUGACGGUGAAUGUUUUUGUGAUUUCGUAUAGGUCUCCCCCACCAACUCCCUACCCUGGAACUGUGGGGUCAUGGGGUUGAAGUUUACUAUUACCAAAUGUCAUAAAUAGUCCGUAAAAAUGCAUUGCCAAUAAAUAUUGGAUGUUGCAUGCUGUCCAAGGAAUUCCAUAUCUAAAGAACAUACAAUACAAGUAAGUACCUAGAGGAAGAUAUUGGCCUGGCUUUAGAUAAAAUCGAGCCAAGAAAAACAAAAUAACUAUUAUGUAAAAAAUAAAUAUACCUUUGUUACGUAUAUGGUUUUAUAAUGUUCUUAAUAAAGUCGAAUAGUCAUACAA